AUGCCAUCAUUAUAUCGACCACGAAGAGGUGGUUCAAUUGAGAUUGUAUCAGAGAAAGCUGCUUCGGACAUACUAGUCGAUUUAAACAAAAGACCCGGUUCAGCAGAAUUCGUUGAGCCCGCAGAUAAAUUCAUAAAUGAGUACAUACAGCAAAAUUCAAAACGAAUACAAAGUGCUUCAUCAAGCGAAAGAACUGCUUCCUCAUCCUUGUCAAAUGACGGCGAUUUAAAUGAGCAACAAGAAACAAAAAAAAACCAACGACGUUCAUCGCGUCAUGCUAGUGCACAUCGAUUGUUUGAAGUUAGCGAAUGGGAAGAACAACAGAAACGAUUAAAACAAAGACUUCAAACAGGUGAAACAAAUACAACAUGUUCCUAUGAUGAAAUCAAAGCUAAAACUGAAGAACUUCUAAAAGAUUAUGAACAACUAAUACCUAAAUAUGAUUUUGAAACACUUCGUCGUCGAGAAUUCAUCUAUCGACACUAUCGCUGUAAUGUACGUGAGCCAUUUCUAGUGGCGAAAAUUCAACAGUUUCAACAGCUGGAAAAAACGCGUACCGAUAGAAAGCGAUUCAAAACUCAACAAUACAAUCAAUAUCUUCAAUUCAUUAACAAACAUCGAUUUAUUACACAAGACGAUUAUGAUAAGCAUGAGUAUGAUGCAAUGGCUAAAUAUGAUGACAAAUCCGAAGAGAUUCACACAGUCGUGCUAUCAGAUCCAACUCUUCUUCCCUAUCACAAAUGGAUAAGUGAACGUCGUACACUCUCGUCUAUAGAAUGUCGAAGUCAAUCACAAAAAACUGUCGAUCCUCGUCGUGUAGUUUCGGAGCAAGGCUUCCGUUCUUACCAUCGAACGGCAACACCUCUUUUGAACGGUCGUUCACCACAAUCUGCACUAUCUUGGCAAUUGCAUGAUCAAACAAAUAUUGAUUCUCCUGUCAGACGUUUAGCAAGUGCUAAAUGUUAUCAUAUUGAACAACAAUCACAGAAUCCAACAAAUUUUGAUCCUACUGAUCGGUCGCUGUCGUAUCUACGUCAUCGUUCUGCAUCAUCGUCGACUAUUACUGCAUGA